GCAUCAACGCUGCUGUCGCUGAUACAGAGGUGUGUCGUUUCAUCCGUCGCGUUUUUCUCUAGUUCGUGUUCUGUCUUCUUGUUCGUACAAACAUUUGUCUCUCCGUUUCCCGAACGGGAUCGGAUGUCCUUUAAUUAUUAGCGAUAUCUUUCGAAGAUCCUUCGAUCGAGACGAAGAAAGUUACGAUUAGAAGAUCGCGAGGACAAGUGAACGUUUUCCUUUCACGGACACGUAACGUCCUCGUUCUAGUAUGUUAACGUGCGGUAGGUGAUCCAGCGAGCGAGUUGCAGGACGCAAUGGUGCGCGAUGCGGUGGUUCCGACGCGUGUAACUUGAAGCGAUUCUCCCGAGAAGGGCAACGGCAAGAAUGAACGAUACUCGGUUGGCCGCUAACAAACACCAACAGGAUCGUCCCUUGCGUCGGUGAAAUUGAGCCGAGAAAAGUUUUGCGUGCUGGUUACUGAGAAAAAGUUUGCGAGACGUACAAGGGCAAACGAGAUUCUCAUCCCCUCGGCAAGGAUUUCUUCCAUUCUGGCUGGGUUAAUCCACUCGCAAGGCGAGGCGAGGGUGAGAAACCACCGGGCUGCCGUUCAGGAAUUAUGAAGGAUUCGUUCGUUUCGUCUGAGAACUAGCUUCGACAAGCACGCUGAUCUAAGCUGGCAAGGCUGGUUCAUCCCUGUCGCCUGCACAGGGAGCAGAAACCACGUCUCUCGGGAAGGGAUCGGUAAAUCGCGUUCAAAGUAAACCGAUAGAGCCGCGUUGUAGGAGAAGUUUCUUACCCGUUUCUGUGUACUCGUUAUCGUGUUCGUUAAUUGAUCGAUAGGAUGCCGGUGGAUCCAAUUAACUGGACGUCUUUAAGGAAACCGGCUUAAGUCGGUCUGCUCCAGCUAAUUGCGUUCCAAUCGGCCAGUGUUUCGGCUUUCGUUGGUUUAGCCUUUGGGAAGAGAUGCGAAACGCAGAGCGUCGGAUUCGUGUUUGUCUCUCGAUCGCAAGGAACUCGAUUUUAGCUGCGUCUACACGGUCAAAGAUCAUUUGUAUCCCAAACGAAGGGAUUGCCCUACUAUGAGCUAAUCUGAUCGGUACAGCUACGCUCUAAAUUGAAUAGUAAUUGCAAAUCGGACGUUCGAACGUAUCCAUCGAAUGACAAGACUGUUCGAGGAUCGAUCGGAUCGACGAACAGCGACCAGCACCGUCCGAUAAGCCCGCUGCUAAUAACAGCGCUUCCGGUUGUUCGAGUCGCGGAUCUUCGAGGAAAGUGAUAUGCUAUAGCGCGCAGGGACAAUUUCACCCCGACAAUGACGAGCGAGUUGAACGCGACGAAGGUCGAGAACUCGACCAGCACGAUGAAUCUCGUAUCAACGAUAUCCUCCUCGUCGCCACCUAGCGCGGUUGCAGCCGCGAUUAGCGCCGGCACGGCAAUUCCAACUAAUCCGUCCACGACAGUAACGGGUGGAGCUGUGGUCACCAGCACGGCUAAACCCGACCAUCACAUGUACAACGUGACCAGCUACCUUGCGGAGCACGACGAGCUCGAUCACAGUAUACUGGCGGGUUUCUCAGACAUACAGACGGUUUUCCUGGCUUGUAUUUCCACGCUGCUGCCGUUGAUCGUCGCGCUGGGAAUCGCCUUCGGCGUCAGGCACGUGUGGAGGAAAUAUCGGAACAGACGAGACAGCUCGAGUGGAUUGCCCUGGUACAGAAGUGUCUGCUCUCGAGACAAUACCGCCGAAUCCUUGCAUCAUCGACCUCACUCGGGAAACACAACCAUUCAGUCUGCAACGAGGAUUCUCUCUGCCCAAGACCUGGUGAACGGCCUCGAUGGACCCAGGUACAUUUGCGAGACCGAAGUCAUGGAGGAGGUAAACGUAGCUAACGCCACCCCCGUGGAAUACACUCCCCCAGGGAAUCAUACCAAUAAAAACUCCAACGGGAACAUCAUUACGCUCACCCUCAAGAACAACCAUCUCAUCGUAGAGACCGAGGAACGAGCAGUGACGAUGGAGGAUAAUAAAAAUCGUAGGUACCAAGAUAACGGAUGCUCGUUCGUGGUGGAGGUGCAACCUAACUACCAGAACGAAGAGGCCGAGGGUAAUAAAGGAGGUUCCUCUGACGACGUAACCGCUGCUGUGACCGAUCAACAAGCUCUAGUUCACAGAGAAGAGAUUGCAGAAGAUCGAUCGCCGGGUUUCGAGAAAGCAAAACUAUUUGGAAGCACGAACACGGGUCUAUCGCAGUCGGAUCUCUCGAUCUCUAGCCAGGGCUCGGUUAAUCCCAGCUAUCGUUAUGGAAAUCAAGUGGAGUACGAUGCGGGUCAUCUGGGUUACCCGAUGUACGGUGGUAGUUACGAGUCCGAUACCUUGUCCCGGAAACUCGAGGGAGGAUCCAAAUGGGUGGAAUUCGACAAGUCUCCGGAUACCGAGAAGACGUUGCUGAACGUGUCCAACACGUCCAGUAUCGAGAAAGACGGCGAGGAAAGUCCAUCGAUACAAGGGAAACAGAACAACUUGGACGCCUCGCAGGGAUCCGGUGGAUCGAUGGAUCAGCAAGAUUCGACGGACGCCAGCAUCUCCACGGACACAGUGCGUUCGAACCCCAAUCUCCAGGUGAACGGCGCCACCCCGAACAAGCUGGAAAUUAUGGAACAAAAAGCGCUGAGCAACGAUUUCGGCAAAUCUGAAACCAAUAAACCAGUGAUCACCGGAGCGUUGUUGAAAGACGACGUUCAGGAGGACACUUUUCAAGAACAGCAACGAAAGCUGGGUAAUGGAACCCUCACGCCGGAGCACAAGGAGGACAGGGCAAAGGACCAGAAACCGGAAGGCAGCACCUUUGUGCCGAGUCACAAGCGUUCCGGUAGCAUCCCACCGCGAUUGAUCGAAGAGACCCUCGAGUUAGACCGGAAGAAGUCGUUGGACAUUUACAGUCAAAUUAAAACCAGCACUAAAAGCAUCCUACCAGGACUGAGCACAAAGUUUGAGCUACUUCAGAACGAAGUGAGUCCCAUCGAGGAAAAGGAGAGUUAAUGGAAAUGGCUCGUUGUCCUUCGCGACUCGUCUCAGAUGAAAAUCCUACAUCGAACGAUCCGAUUCGACAGACAGAGACGCUUUUACGUGGGUUUUGGAUAAACACGGUUCAUCGUUAGGACGAUCUUGCUACGAAACCUCGAAAGUCCAGAGAGGGAAGGUCCCUUCCCUGAAUAUUCACACGGGAGCCAAAUCAAAAGAAAAACGACCACCGGUUUUCAUCUACGCCAUUAACAGUUUUUAUUUCACGGAAAAGUCCAAACUCAUUGUAGAUAUCUCAUCAACGCUAACGAGCGACUCCAUCCUCCUGAAGCGUUCCCAGAAACUCCCGGAAAUUCCGAAGCUUUCCCAGGAACUUUGGCAAUAUCAGAGAAACAGCAGUUCCAUCAGGUGUCCUGCAUUAACCGUAGCGGUUUCGCUCGAAGAACUCAAGCGGCGCGGCGGAAGAGGACUGGUGAGAAGAAGAGCGAUAAAAAGAGGUCACGUCCGAGUUUGCCUACGAUAAAAUCAUCGAGGGAGAAAAUCACGGCGGAUCGAUGCGAACGGUAGAAGCUGGCAGUGACCAGAGAAAAUGCUCGUAUCCAGAGGAAGCUGCGUUAUCCUAAUGACUAACCACGGUUCCCAACCCUUAACUCUCACCCCCCAUCACGCCGUUAUCUCUACCUUCCUUCUCUUUCCAGUCUCGUCCUUUUCUCCCACGGAGAACAAUCGUUGGCUAACGAACUGAACGCGGUGCCGCGAAUUUCGCGGCCGUGGUUUUGUGCGUGGAGCAACCGCAACCACGCGAAGAGAGCACCGCAAUUGUCCGCAACGAGCACUCGAAUCAAGCGUUGCGCGGAAUUGUUUGUCGAGAGGGGUUGCAAUCGUGUAUGUGUUCAAAAUUCGAGGAUUUAAUAGAAAAGAGAAAAAUUGUGGAAUUUCGAUCAGCGAAGCGGACUGUGCUCCUCGAGGAAAAAAAAACUCGAAAAUAUUUUGAAAAUAAAAAGCCGUCCAGGUCGUCGAUAUCGCAAGAUACACGAGCAAGCAUUUGGAAACUAAACUGGCAAAGUUUCGUCUAUAGGGAAAGAAAUAUAAACGCGUGUCACUUUCUUCCUUCCCUCUUUUCCGCCGCUUGUCUCCUCCUUCGAUCACGCUGGGCUUUCUCCUCGCUGCGAGUUUCGCGAAGGAAAACUCGUUUCGCCAUGUAUGUAACUUUCGAGGCUGAGAAACGAUCUCGUGACUCGCGUUUUGCACGACGAUCCGUUUCUGCGAGAAACACGCGUUUAAAGGGACCGAUCGACAGAGUCUUCGAGCGGAUUCCGUAAUCUUUUAUAAGCAUGCACGUUAAAGAUCUGGGGACACGCACGUCGAAUUUUCUAAGUGGUUCUAGGAAUCGUAGCGACAGGUUCCAUUCGACUAAUGCAGUUUUACAAACGACGAACCAGAUUUACUAAGAAUUUUCUAUUGUCCAAACACGUAGGUACGAAAUAGAUAAUUAAGCGUCGUAAUUGGAACGCUAUUAAGUGUCCGGAUCGGUAGGACGUAAGAUUUCGAUCGUGGAUUAUGAACUUUACGUUCGAUCAUCGUAUCCAAAAGCAUUUUGUUAAACACAGAAAACAUCGACAAAACGCUUUUAACCUCUGCAGCUCGAGCUAGAGAUUAAUCGGAACCAGCAAACGAUCUUAGGUAUAUAAAGUACGGUAAGACGGUAUAGGAGUACGCACUUAACCUCUAAAAUAUUGUAGAAAACAGAGUAAUGCGAUUCAUCGAUCAAAACUUGUUGCAUUUGAAAGAAUAUCGAUCUAGAUAAUCAAACUUCAAGUAACAAUCAACAGUUAUAAACAGUAUUGAAAUAAUUAAUAGAAAAUCACACAAUGUUAUUUGCGUAUUGUUAUACAUAGAGUAUUGUUUCGAUGUAUAACGAACGUUACAGAGGUUAAGAAUAAGUGUCAUAACCAAUAAAAACGAAUACUUAUUUUUUCAAAGUAUUACAUCGCAUUACAACGUAAAUCUACUUCGCAAAUGUCAAACAUAAAAGACAACAUGCAAGAAAAACUUCAGACUUACCUGGUUUUACAACUUCUAAACACUUUUCAUCUUUUUUUGGCGCGAACACUUACACUGUAGUACACCGGUAAUGAUACGAUUGAACUCAGCUUCGAUAUGUAACCAAUUUCACUCGAAGCUAGAGCGGAUCGACUGAUCGACUGAUCGACUGAUCGACUGUGCGCUCUUAUACCAGUUUACCGUAUCAAGUGAACGAAGUUCGCGACUCGAGGAAGUCGAACAAAAACAACAACAGAGGCUUAAAAUUUAACGUUAACGUGGAUUCUAGUGCCAAAAUAGUUCCUUAAGGUUUCUCGAGAGCAACUCGACGAACGUAUUGCCGAACGACUAUUACUCGACGAUCUUAUAUUACGUGUACGUUUCGUGUCAGAUACUGCGUUACCAAUAUUUCAGAUUUUAUACGCUUCCGUUGAAUAGUGCAAACGUUUGUUGUUGUUAUGGUGCUACCGCGUAUGAAUCCACGGGACGAGGAGCUGUUCUCGGCUUCCAUGUUCUCGUUUCUUCGUUCGUCGCGCCUCAUUUGGCUUUCACACGUCUACAAAUUCGGUAAGAAUCAACGUCCUUCUGAUUGUACUUUAGAAACGAGCCUUUCGGUUGCUUCCAGCGACGCCCUUUCCAUUUAGACAUUGUAAAAAUCCAUGAAGAACCCCUGUCCACUUUGCAACUCCUUUUUUAACUCUGGGACACCUAAUCCUAUAAUAAAUACUGUGAUUCGACCGACUGGGAACAACAAUACGUCAGAAUUUUUACGCGUCACGAUAGCUGAACGUUCAAAAUCAUCCAUUUUAAUAGCUACCAAUUAGAACGACGUCGCUCGCAAGCAACUAAGACUCGAAAAGUUCGCAUCUCGUGUAAAGCCAUUAUCGAGCCCGAGCCGAUGAAAGCGAUCACUACGAAACACGUACACACACUCAUCGAAAAGUAUUCACCGUCUACGUAAGAUGAUAGAUUAUAGCGCAUUUAGAGACUAAGUACACCCCGUACGUAAGAAUCUUUUAGCCGUAAUCUCGAUCCCUUAAGAGAGAAAAAAAAAAAGAAAGAAGAAGAAGAAAUAACAGGCUCGAUUCAUUUACCGACUCGUGCGUAUCUCUCCUCGACGCUCGAGUAUCAUCUCCCGCUUUUACAUUGCUAACGAGUAAGUCUAGUUUCCAGGUUUAGCGAUUCUCGUGUGGCUGUUACUAGCUGGUGUUAGAGGUCUAACUGUGGACAAGUAUAAAUUUUCUAUAAGACCUGAAUGUCUCGCGUAUUUCUAGAAAUAUUCUCAGCAAAGUAGCUGGCCGUGUAGCGGUCGAUCGAUCGACGACUAUUUAGGUCGUCUUCGAGUCGAUCUCGAGCACUUUGAAACGCACGGUUCGUGUAACGAGAAGUAUCCUCUCGUCAAGGGAACGCUCAAGAUCGGCGCGGGGCCGAGUCACGCUUUGUAAGAGGAAAACCAUUCAAUUUUCUUUCACGUAAACGCUCUGAUAUUCUAUCGCAUCGCGCAUCGCCAACUCGUAAGGACACUUUAGAGAUAAUUACUCGUAGAAACUGGUCGAAGUAAGACACGAAUUAACGAUUAAGCGAGACGCGGAUAUCCGCGAUCCCGGCACACAACCGUUCCAUAUGAUCAAUUAAAAAGAAAAAGAAAAUGAAAAAGAAAAAGAAAAAAAUCGAAUCGUAGUAAUUUAAGCGAACGACGGACAGAGAGCAGUGUCGGUUAAACUUGGGCUUGGACGAUAUUGCGCUUUCGAUCGCGGAUUACGUUUUCACUCGUUCGGCUAAGUUUCAGCACGGCCCUCCCUUACGUUUGUCCUCUCGCUCCCUCCUGCCACGAGGCAGGGAAUUCGGAGCGGAUCGAAACGAAUCAAAGUCCGAAAGUAACUUUGUCCAUCGUGCUGCAUAGUUGUACGCUGGAGUCGACACGUGUAAGUCGUCCUAGAACGAACGUGUAGACAUUCAUUUUCGCUAAAGUACCAUGUUGUAUAUGUCAAUUUAUUUUGCAAAAUAAACCAUUGGACACGAA